GAUUCGUCUUAUUUUAGCAAAUCAACACGCUAAAUAUUUGAAUGACGUAUACAGAUAUCCAAUCGGAAAACGCACAAUGCUUUUCUAGUUCCACGUCGGCCGAAAGGAAAAAUGGACGCGCUGAUUCUGGAACCGUCUCUGUACACGGUGAAGGCAGUCCUCAUCCUGGACAACGAUGGCGAGAGACUCUAUGCUAAGUACUAUGAUGAGACCUACCCUACAGUGAAAGAGCAGAAAGCCUUUGAGAAGAACAUCUUCAACAAGACGCACCGCACCGACAGUGAAAUUGCCUUGCUGGAGGGACUAACUGUUGUCUAUAAGAGCAAUAUUGACCUGUACUUUUAUGUGAUUGGCAGCUCACAUGAGAAUGAGUUAAUGUUAAUGUCUGUGCUGAACUGCCUGUUUGACUCACUGAGCCAGAUGUUGCGGAAAAAUGUAGAGAAGAGAGCCUUGCUGGAGAACAUGGAGGGGCUGUUCCUGGCUGUGGAUGAGAUUGUGGACGGAGGAGUGAUCCUGGAGAGUGAUCCCCAGCAGGUGGUCCACCGUGUGGCCCUCAGGGGGGAUGACGUGCCUUUGACGGAGCAGACGGUCACCCAGGUCCUUCAGUCCGCUAAGGAGCAGAUCAAGUGGUCCCUGCUGCGGUAGAACAGGACCUGAAGGGCUUCCAAGGGACAUCGUCAAAAAAGUGUCUGCCUUUUCCACUCCCGUUCAGUAAUUGGGCCAUUCCCCUCUGUCCCUCCAUUUUCUCCCAUCACUGCACUGAAUGCUCUGGUUGUCACCCAAUCAGAAUCACCACUGGGACCUCAUUGUGGUUUGUUUUAUUUGUUUGUAUGUUCUCUCUAUUCUUAAACUUUUCAUUCCAGUUGGUGGAGAGGUUUGGCGGCACAAGUUCUGCGUGUUGCUCGGUAAUCUGUGAAAGACUGUUGGAACAGCUAUGUGAAAUAAACCUCCUCACACGUUGUUAGGACCAGACCAGUGUCUCCAGUAGUGAUGUUAUUAUGACUUACUCCAUUUGCAGGAACCAUAGGAGUGAGGCUUUGUGAAGUCAUCAGUUUUGAUGAGAGAGUCAUGUUUCAAGAACCCACUUUAUAGGAGGGGCAAAAACCAAUCGGAAGAUUCCGCUCUCCACGGCAAAAUGAAUUGAUGGGUUAAUGUCAGUGAAUCACUGAUAGCAUGCGGUUUCUCCAGCUAUUUUUGUUUUAAUGAAUCCUCAUUUUGCCAUCACUAGCUGUCAGUAAUCGAUUGGUGUCAGCCAAUCAAAACACGUUGCCCUCCACAAAAAACAGGAAGUUAGGAAUCGCGUAUGAGCACCCCACCCAGCCUCCCCUAUUGCUCCAGAUUUUGUGUGUUCUACAAAAAUUGCACAAUUCUGACAGCCUUACAACUUUCUUAAAAAGUGUUCUGUUUUUAUUUUGCAGACUAACAUACACAUGGUGAUCAAUUCCCAUUCUUGUUUGCAGAACAGGUCUAACUUGUGUUCACAAAUCAGAUCAAGCUGUUGCGAUUGGGAAGAGGCACUCUGUUAACCCAGGCCCGAUUGUGUACCUGGGGCAAGAUGUUUCUCUGCAUUCAACAUGCUUGUUAAUACCUAGUAAACUUGGGCAAGCUUUUGUGCAGGUGGUCUCUGUCUCAACUGUGAGAGAUGAAAUUAGCCCUGAACAUCCCCUGUUUCUCAAACCUUUUGUCAAAAUGACAUUUCACCUCCGCAUCAAGCAUCACCAUUGAGUUAUUGUGCCUUCCUUCAAAAUGUCUUCAGCCAAAAGCCAUAUGAAAUGAGUCAAGUUUGGGCUACUGGCCAUCCUGUUAAGACACUUGUAGUGCGCCCAUUGCCCCAUGGUCUGAUUUUCGAAUUCGGACCUUUCCAGACACGAUCAGACACCUGCGAUCCACCACACAUUGUGUUCUCCUCAGAGUUGAAUGUCUAAGCAAAGACUAGAGUGAUAAGAAGCAGUGGCUGACAUUGCAUGUUUGAAGUAGAACCCAUGCUUGUCUGCAUGACGGACGGUGUGUUGAUGAACAUGAUUGGGUGUUCCAAAUUGCAGUUCAUUAUUAACAUCCAAGUGUAGCCAAGAUCAAAGGACAUCCAUUAGCAGUCGUGACUUUGCAGUCAUGCAGUGGUGUUGCUGUCUUGCAUGGUGUUGUCAUUCUCUGCGUAGUAUUGUACAUAGGACUGAUCCUAUCUGGAAUAGCCUCCAGCAUCCACAGGUAAAUGUAUAUCCCCUGAUAUCACACACAAAGUUCUUCCUUUUUAAGGUAUCAGCUGUUGGCUUCUUGGUUUAGCUUGUACAUUUCUCACGCUUCCCUCUGACAUUCCUGGUAACUUUGCCCAAAACACAAGUAUACUCUUUGUUGUGUUACCCAGGAUAUGGCUGUAAAAAUGCUCUGUUAAGAUAUGAAUAAAACUAUGUUCAUUGACAA